AUGCAUACUCUUCCAUUAUCGUUUGCCCUUUUAACUUGCGUUGGUUUUUGGCGACCAAUUAAUUGGUCAGCGAAUUCUUUUAAAUAUUGGAUAUAUAACAUAUAUACGAUUUUUAUGGUAUCCAUGCUUUAUGCAUUCACAUUUUGUGGACUUAUGGAUGCUUUGAUUGAUCAUCAUUUGGAUAAUUUACUUGAAAAAUUUUCAUUAUUUAUAUCCGUCAUCGGUGUGUGUAUCAAAGUGACGAACGUUUUAAUUAAUCGACAAAAUAUUAUUUCUGUUACUAAUAUGCUUUUAAAUGAGCAAUGCAUUCCUCGCGAUUCGGAGGAGUUGGCAAUCAAACAAAAAUUUGAUCAAAAUGCCAGAGUAAUUACAAUUUAUUGCGAAAUUUUGAACGAGACAACCGUGUUCUUUGCAACGGUAGCACAAUUUGGUAAAUUCUUAGAAACUCGUACUUUACCACUUGCCAAUUGGACACCAUACGAUCAUACCUCGAGUACUAUGUUUUGGAUAACUUUAUUACACCAAACCUUUGGUCUGAUGGUGUGUGCUAAUUCAAGUGUUGCUCAUGAGACUAUAAUAUCUGGACUGAUGAUACAAAUUUGUGCACAAUUGGAAAUACUUUGUCAUCGGGCUAGAAUAUUACCAAUGUUGCUAGAAAAAGAACAGAAAAAUUGUACCUCUGAAAAGGAUUUAAAGAGAAUCGAAAAUCGAGUUAUCGGUGAAUUGAUCGAAUAUCAUCUUUACGUUUAUAAGUUCGCUCAAAAAAUCAACGACGUAUUCACUUUGAUGAUAUUCAUGCAAUUUACUUUAAGCUCAACCGUACUGUGCAUGAGCGUUUACAAAUUAUCAACGAAGGAUUUAAUAAGUUUUGAUUUUCUUUGGACAUUUUGUUAUCUCGCUUGUAUGCUCAUUCAAUUAUUUCUUUAUUGUUGGUAUGGUAAUGAAGUUACAUUGAGGAGUAAAAAAAUUGGAGAUGCAUUUUACGGAAUGAAUUGGAUAUCAUUAAAAACAAGAGUAAUUAAAAGUUUAACCAUAAUAAUGGCAAGAACAACGAGAAGCAUUGAAAUGAAUAGUUUACAUAUAGUUAAACUUUCAGCUAAAUCAUUUAUGACUAUAAUUAAAGUUUCAUAUUCUGCUUAUAAUGUUUUACAGACCUCGUCGUAA